CCACAACCUCCUCAUCCAUCCACCCACCCAUCCUCACCCCUUCAGACAAGCACUGGAUCGCUGUCUUCUGCCUGGCCUGUAGAUCUUUUCUGCUCUUCUUCCUCCCACUUUCUGUCGCUCCUUCGAAGAAGCCUUUUUUUAUUUCCUUUUCUUCCCAUCUCUCUUCAGCUUGCUUUUCGGGGGUAGACUCCUUUUUUUUUCUUAUUCCUUGCUUCCAUUAUUGCAAUUAUUGUUAUUAUUGGAAAUAUUAUCCAGGUCUAGCCCGUCAACUCCUUCCACACCCCCUCGUGACCGCCGGUUGGUUGCUUCAUUUACUUUAUAUUCUCCACCUUUGGCUUGCCCAGGGACACUCUUACAGUUUCUCCCACUUUUUUGGUCUCCCCAGCGCCGCGUCCAUAACGUCCCUAACCUAACCCCACCUCGGUUUGGUUUCGCCCAAACUGCUCUAAUUGAUCUGGGCUUCACUCUUUAUUGCUCAUUUAUCUGUAUAUAUUCCUUCCAUCACCUCUCCUAUCAUGUCAGGAAUACUGCGACGAGCAAAAUCAACACGCGAUGCUCGGGCAAAGGUUACCCGUGAUCAGCUGGAUUUCAACUUUGCCGCUGAAAUAGGGAGUUUGGCACCACCAAAGGUGUCGGGCGGGGAACCACAACCCUCUAGCCCUCGAGGGCUCGGUCGGCGCAAAAGCAUUUCAAGUUUUCAUGCAUCUCUGCGGAUAGGAAAUAUAUUUGACAACAUCCCUAAGAGCGCGAAUCCUUUGAAUAGGCUUUCCAUGCUCCCAGGAGGCGGCUCUACAUCUCUACCAGAGUCUCCUCCGAUAUCUGCAAUGAGGUUGUCCCCCAUGCCUCCGGAACAGAGCUGUGAUGGAGAUGGAAGGGUAAAUGAGCCGGAGAGGCCUUCGGAUGAUAGUUUGGUAGACGACACUGAGCUCCUUUAUAUUGGGAUGGCAAUUGGGAGCCCUACGGAGGUGCGGGAGGCAAGGAUGGAGAGUUCAGUUGUUCCUUCAUCGCUCGGUGUACGGCCAAGCGGUAAUGACACACCGCAGUUUGCACUGCCGCCUGAGCCAUUUGGUGUGGAGGUGCGAGGGCCAAUGAGUGGGGCGGUUAGGAAGAAGCAACUGCAGAAGGAGGGAAAACAUGGUGCUCAGGAGGAGAAUCCCAAGAGUGGGUGGAAGAAAUUGUUUGGGAGAAACUUUUUUGGUAAAAAGAAUGCGCCCAAACCAACUCAGCAGUCUCCGCAGCCACCACCUACGCGAGACUCCAUGGUGACAGCAGAGCUUAGACCGUUUCAAUCCAAGACUCCAUUCCUGAUAUCAAAAUCGCAUUUGAACAACCUAGCUGCGCCUCCGGCAUCACCAGCACCUUGUCUCGAUGUUGAUAUUCCCGAGAUUGAGAUGGAAAGAUAUAGCGUUAUGUUUGGCACAUUAUUGCAUCCGAGUGAGAAGUCAUCAUUAUUCGCCCGCAGGAGGUCAAGGGAUAUUCCAGCUGCCAAUGGGCAGACACAGCAAGCAGUGCCGCAACUGCAUCUGAGGCCGCUAAAGCGCAAUGCAACAACCGGUCAGGUUAGCCGCUCCCCUCGCUCCAUGCUCGGAAAUUCCCUCGGGAAUGCUAGUCCUCGGCCCGGAGCGGGCCCGGCUCGAAGCCCACAACUCGCUCGGUCUAAGACAGUGGGGGGUGUCUCUCCGGCACCCUCGCCGAGAACAGUAUAUGUUGUGGAUUCACAAAGCGCAGACAAUUCUUCCAUUUUAACGCCGGCUAGUCGCCCCUGCUCACUACGACAUAGCUCUUCGGGUAAAAUAUCACGAAUAUCGGAGGAGUCUUCCAUUGAUACGCCGAGGGGCAGCUUCGACGAGGGCGACGAUAGCUGGCUCACUAAGGACGAUGGGGCGGAGCCGCAGUGGGAAAUGAUUAAUCCUCAGGGCCGCUCGGCGCAGGAUACGCCGAAUACACCAAUGAGCGAAGAGGAUAUUGAAUACGCCGCGCAAAUUAGCAUAGCUCGUCAAAUCUCCGUCUCACAACGCCAACUGCUAUUGCCGAUUGUUCCCAGGUCACAGCGUCUCGUUAGUCGUGCACCACUGCGUAAACCGCCAAAUCCGCCGCUGGCAGGGAACAUCAUGCCUAGAUCUUCCAGCGCUGCUACAACGCACCCCUCCCCUUCCCCAGCCGCACCACUAACAGCAACGAAAGUUGGCAGCGCACGCUAGCUGCGUGCCUGUGUGUGUAUGAUGCAAGUGGGGGUUAAGGGGGGGUGGGUCUUGAAUAAACCAGUUUGCUUCUUUGGGUAGGCUACAGAUUGGUCCCUUAAAUGGAAUGACAAUGGGGCUCCUGGUGGAUUGUUCAUUGAUGCUCGAACGACCUGCCGGGUGGGGCGUUUGUUUAUGGAGUAUGGAGUUUCUUCUUCAAAUGUCUUCGUUUUUAGUUAUUUACUUUCCAUCAAUAUUCAUCCACUUUUUCAUUUUUA